AUGCUUCUCAAUCCUUCGCACAAGGUCACUCUCAGUGGCCUGCCACCAGACGUCCUGGACGCUUAUGUUCGUUACAAAAAAGGCACUCGGGCUCUGGUUACCUGGUUCAUCCAAUAUUCUCCAUCACCAAAUCGACAGGUCAAGAAGUUGCCCAUCAAGGAGCUUGAAUCGCUAGCCCAGAUAGUGUCGAAGAAACUACGAUCUCUCCCUGACAUCGUGCACUUUCACUUCCGAGAAACUAUCGCAGCGAGGACUCGACUCAGCAAAUAUUUCCGUCACAUUGAUGAAUCUGCCGAUGAUGAGGUUACAGUCAAUCAUGAACAUUUCACAACAAGCCUCGCCCGAAUCUACGACGAUCUUUGUGCUUGCUGUGGUCGUCCUGAUACCAAGAGUCAGCCGCAUUCAGGAAGAAGCCGUUCGUCAAGUCUUUCAGACGGCCUGGUCAAUCAGUACAACGGGCUGUCAGUCGAAGAAUGCCAAGAAUAUGAAGACGAAGAAAGUACAUCUCCCAUCUCACAGGGGUGUCCUGAAUGUACUGCUACGUCUCCCCCAAAUUGUGGGGGCUCCGGUCUAGACGCUCACUUUGCGGAUGAUGAACUUGGUACAAUGCUCGAAGUGGCGGCGGCCGUGCAGCGUAUUCAAGGUAUCUCUUCGUCUGUCGAACAUUGUUGGCAUCUCGCCGGCAAAGGUAAUCUUUCAUUCACGGUGGCCUCUUUCGUCACCAAUGUUGCCUUUGCCUCGUUGCGUCAAGUCGGGAUCGAAUUGCUUGGGCGUGAUGAAAACCUCGCUCUGUCGGUGUUGCAUCAGAUGUUCUGUUCAUUCAACCGUUCUGGCACGGUGGAAGCCCCAAGUCCGAAUGGAAAUAGUGAAUCAACUAAUCACUUGUUGCUGGAUCAGCUGCAGAAAAUCGAACAGUGUCUUUUGCAUUAUCGAGACAGACACCCAUCGUCAUUGGUCAAAGCUUCUAGUGCAUCGUCCACUCAGAAAUCGAACGAGUACCUUCAGGGAUCUUCCAUCCACGAUGACACCAUUAUCCAUCAUUUCAUCAGCAACAUUCUUGAUCUGGUUACGAGCAAGGCUAUUCCCACCACCAUCGUCCGAAACAGCACUCCGAUAUACGCGGACCUGGGUUACUUUGUCACCCAUCCCGAUGAGCAGACUCAAUCCUGGUCCGCCGUCUUGGGACUGAAUCUCUUAAUAACAAGCUCCAUCGCCUAUCACAAAUCAAUCGGGACCUCCAAUGCGGGAUCGAAAUGUCGUCUAGUCGCCCUCAGGCUUGCUCAACAGGCUUCGUCUCAGGUCAAAGCAAUGAUAAGCGACAAGAUAUGCUUUCCUUGCCGUUGCAGCCAAACACUGGCCUAUCAUCUACAAAACCUAGAAGAAGACCUCUAUUCCUAUGCCCGGUACAAAUGCUGGGAUUUGUAUUUUCAAUCGCCCUGGGUCGCUGGAAACCAUGCGCUCGAAAUUCUCGAUCUAUGCCACUACUAUGGCAUCCGCUUGCUGAACUAUCGCCACUACGUCGGCGCAGUCCUCCACUCCUACAACGUCCUCAAACAACUCGGCGGGCUGGCAGAAAUUCCUAUCUUGGAGAAAUUAUGCGAACAGUUCCGCAGCGUGUUUUUCCCCGGAGGCAAUCAACCAGAAGCCAACUUUCGGGCAUGUUGGAGCAGGUACAUCGGGGCCAGGUUAAAGUUCAACAGCAAAAAGGGCCACAAGAAAAGAAAUAGUCGCGAUGGUUGGUGCAUGGUCGUUCCUCCCCAUGCGGCUAGACGGGCUGCUGGACUAAGCCUCGGAUUGAGGAAUGGCGAUGAUGAGCAGCAACAAGAGAAACAUGACUGUAUUCUGUACAGGAUCAAGCAGCAAGACUACCAUCUCAGCAACGGUCUUUGGAACAGUCUCGAUACGUCAGCUUCGCCACAAAGUGAAACGAAGAAUUCCAAGAAAGGACGCAGCUCUUCAACGACAUCGCGUUCUUUCGAGUCGUCAAAGUCCAAGUCUUCUGACUCUGACACUUACUUUGACCGCCUCCUCCACCUCGCCCACACAGUUCAACGAUCAGUCGUAUCCACGCCCACUCAAUCCGACUCCGACUCCGACUCCGAACCCGACAACUCAGCUCCACCGGCAAUUGCUAUCGAAGGUGAUGAGGUUCCUGACUCUCACACUGAUGUCUCUCUCCCCUCAGCGCGCAUCAAUCUCUUCACCGUCUUCUCCAAAUGCGCCCUUGUCGUCUCACGCCUCUCAGAUUCCACACACACGUCCGACACCGAAAAAGGAAUCAAUUGCAUCUGUUUCGCCAGCGCGCUUUUGACCGGUGCAGAUCGUAUCGUCGACAACAAGAAGUGGGGCCGCGUCGAUUCGUGGAAGAAAAGUGAGCGCGAAUGUGUGAAUGAGACCAAGAAGGCCAUUAAGGAAUUGUUUGAGAGUGUUAAGGAGGAGGAGUGGGUGUGGAAUAUUUAG